CUUUUGUCAAUUCGGUCUGUGAUUCCAGCUUCAUUUUUUUUUUUGCGCUCAUCCCUCAACUAUUUAUUAUUUUAUGUUGACUUUUUGUUCGUUUGAAUGUAUUGGCCAAGUCGUUCACAGUUUUUUACUACCUAAAAGAUACCUCAUACUUCGUACAAAAGCUUCGUAUUAUCAAAGAUAACUUUAUGGUACUAUGCGAGCUAAUAGCAUUCUUUCACAUAAGCGAGUCGGCGUUUGCAACUAAAAGAGUAUCUCUCAACCCGAGAACCCCAAGCCCGUUGCCCUACGGAAAUUACAAGCUUCGGCCUCCGUCAUUCUGCCGCGAAACGUAUAUGUUUAAACUUUGGGUCGGACCUUACGAUGUAGGCGCAAUAACGAGAAUUGAAGAUGCAUGUGGUUUGUUUCACUAGUUUAUAUUUCUCAAGUAAUCAAUAAUCGUACAUAUAGGUAUACAAGGACACACAGCCUGAAUUUCGCAUAAGCUGACCAACAUGAAAAAAAUCAUUGCAAGGGUUUACCGACCAUAGUGGCACUCUCAUUUCGGUAUUGAUCGUUGCGUGGUAGUCGAAAUGGAUCUUUUGAGUUUAAGAUGACUGGGGUUCGGCUCACUCGGAACAAUGCAGAAGACCGUUGCUGGUGCUUAUGUAAAAAGCGAGAAGCUGGGGUAAACAGUUGGAAGUGAUCAACUCUGCUCAUGAU